AUGUCUCAUGACCAGUCAAAUCUUCAUGAGAAGAUAGAUGUUGCAAGCGCUGAAGGAGAGACUGAGAAUAGUAAUGCGAAGACUUCAAAGCUUGGACGCAAAGGAGAUGCUCGCAUGCACAAGGCGGUGGCAGCUCGAUUGGCGAAUCCCGAUCUUUCACUUUUUGAUGCAUUGAGGAUUGGUGGAUUCGACUAUCCAUCAAAUGAUGACUCGUCUAUAAUGGACGCCGAGAAAGUAACUCUUGGACAGCGCAAGAAUCAGCUAAGUCGCCGUCUACGAUUGGCACGAAAGAAUUGCACAGAUGUCAAGCCAGACGACAAAUCAAGCCUUCCUACAUUUUCCGGAGCACAUACGAUGCCACGAGACCAGGAACUCACGGCCUCAAAACCUAGCAAUAUUGGUGCUCUUGCUCUACAAAUGAAACGCGACGGCCCAGUUCUGAAUGGGCUUUCAGAUGAUGACGGCGAAGAUCAUAUAGACGAGCAGUCAAAGCGCCCCAGGAUUGCAAAGUAUCAUCCAGAAUAUGCUCCACUCUUUGUACCACCUUCUGCAAGUGUCCGAAAUCCAUUUGGCAGCACAGGCAUCGCUAAGCACAGCCAAAACAGUAACAUACCACACGCAUAUUCAACAGCAAAUUGUGUUCCAAAUCAGCAGCCAGAGGAUAACAAGAAUGCUGCUUCGUUCAAUCCACCUUUGGGAGUAGGGAAUUUAAACUUCGACGAAUUGCCCUUGGUUUCCCAGCCUCUUGGGAAUGUUUUCAACUGCAAUCACACUUCACAACCAAGGGCCUCAGCAGUUGCUAUUUCGUCUCUGGCGGCAUCAGCACAGGCUGUUGGGUUGACUCUUGAACAGCUGGCAAUGUCGCUAUCGUCGAAUCCAGCGAAUCUAUCCAAAAUAAUUCUUGGUGUAGAUGAUAGUGCAACUGCUAAAAAGCAAGAUGCGUUGGCUCUUCAUUUAUACGAGGUUGAAAGCAAGGCUCUCUAUAGCAAGUGUAUGCUUACAGCUGGAAUCGAUCCAAAGCGCUGCCAACAGAGCUCGGAGGAAUAUCUCAACUUUGCUCUGAAAGCGUGGCAAGCUGAAGGGCGACGGCUCCAAGCUUUGAUGAGGAGAAAUCCGACAGUUCGCGACCCUCCGAUAGAGCCCCACACUGACGCUUCAGGUUCUGAAGGGAACAGAGAUGCGAGCACUUCGUCUCGUGGAUCUGAUUCGACUGUUAAAAAUCCUGACAGUGCGACUGGGAGAGCGAAAGCCGACGAGAGGGAUUCUUCCAACUUUCAAAGUUCGGAUGGCUUCCACGUUCAUCGUCUGGAUGGCCAGUGUGGACAUAAGGCAAUAAUUCAUCAUCCAAAGGAUGGCGUUGCCCACAUUGACUUUGUAAUUGGAGAAGUGGUUGAGUGCUAUCAAGGCAUAGAACCAAUUCACAAGAACUCAGAGUCCAGAUGGCGAAGCAGGUACACGUGUACAGAAAUGAAAUGCAAACACAAGUGUUAUGGAGAGGGCGUCGCCUCUAAUGGCAUUGUUGUUGAGAGCAACAUGGAGGAGCGACAGCCAAAGACGAUACCGCUUUCUGAGAUAGAUUUGGAUGACCCGGAAUGGAAUCUUGAUCCAAACGGCUCAAUUGAUGGUGGAGUUGUGGGCUUGUUCAAGCUCGGCGAGAUAUGA